AAAAAAGAGAACCCUUAUUGUCAGAAAAAAGAGAACCCUUAUUGUCAGAAAAAAGAGAACCCUUAUUGUCAGAAAAAAGAGAACCCUUAUUGUCAGAAAAAAGAGAACCCUUAUUGUCAGAAAAAAGAGAACCCUUAUUGUCAGAAAAAAGAGAACCCUUAUUGUCAGAAAAAAAAGAACCCUCAUUGUCAGAAA